AUGUCGGUCCGUCGUUUCGUGGACAAGAUCGCCGUCGAAAGCGAGCCUGGUCUAUCUAAUGCUCAGCUGAUGUUGACCAACGAUGACUUGCGUCCGGUCCCUCCCGAACGCAGGAAAUGGGGCUGGUGGAAUUUCGUCGCUUUUUGGAUUGCCGAUUCCGCGAACAUCAACACAUGGAUGAUCGCCUCGUCCUUUAUUCAAUCCACCAAUGGCUCCAAUACAGUCGAUCUGGCUUGGUGGCAGGCCUGGAUCUGUGUCUGGAUCGGAUAUUCCAUCUCCGCCAUACUGAUUGUUGCUACUGGUCGCAUUGGUGCGCAGUAUCACGUUUCGUUCCCCGUCGUGUCGAGAGCGUCUUUCGGUGUCUGGGGUUCUCUAUGGCCAGUCUUUAAUCGUGCCGCGAUGGCUUGUGUUUGGUAUGGUGUCCAGGCAUGGAUCGGAGGUGAAUGUGUGACUGUCAUGAUCACUGCCAUCUGGCCUAGCUACGCCAACAUCCCCAACCACAUCCCCGCCAGUUCUGGCACCACCACCAAAGACUUUGUCAGUUUCUUCGUCUUCUGGCUUUGCAGUCUGCCUGCCAUCUGGUUCCCAGUUCACCAGAUCCGUCAUCUUUUCACGGUCAAGUCAAUCUACACUCCAAUUGCUAUGAUUGCAUUUUUCGCCUGGGCCAUCAGUCGCGCCAACGGCAUUGGUCCAAUCAUUCACCAACCUACUGCCUUGCACGGAAGUGCUCUCGCUUGGGCCAUAGUCAAAGGCAUCAUGUCAUCCAUUGCCAACUUCGCAACCUUGAUCGUUAAUGACCCCGAUUUCUCUCGUUUCUCAAAGACAAAGACGAGUGCUCUGUGGUCUCAGCUGUUUGCAAUUCCUGUCGGAUUCGCAAUUACCUCAUUCAUUGGAAUUAUUGCCUCGUCUUCUUCAACAGUCAUUUAUGGUAAAACCAUCUGGAGUCCUCUCGAUUUACUGUCUGAGUUCCUCAAUGGAGCUAGUUCUGGUCAACGUUUCGGUAUUUUUGUCAUUGCUCUUGGAUUCGCACUUGCACAGCUCGGAACCAAUAUUGCAGCAAAUUCUGUUUCUGCUGGUACAGAUAUGACUGCUCUCCUCCCGAGAUUUAUCAACAUUCGACGUGGUGGUUAUAUAUGUGCUGCGAUCGGUUUGGCCAUGUGUCCUUGGAAAUUGACUUCGUCAUCGAACAAUUUCACGACUUACUUGUCUGCUUACACCGUGUUCCUCUCAUCAAUCGCCGCCGUCAUCAUUACAGAUUACUACUUUGUGCGGAAGGGAUAUCUAGAGCUUCGUGAGCUUUACAGUGCCCGCAAGCGUUCGCCAUACUACUUCACAUUUGGCUUCUCAUGGCGCGGUUUUACGGCUUAUAUUUCCGGUAUUCUGGUCAAUAUUGUCGGAUUCGCAGGUGCCGUCGGCGCGAACGUGCCAAUUGGCGCUCAAUAUAUCUACAACGUGAAUUAUUUCGCUGGCUUCAUCGUGUCCGGUACGAUUUAUUAUUUGUUAUGCUGGGCCUUUCCCAUCCCCGCGACGAGCGAUACUUGGAACGAAGUCGACGUGGAUGUUGAUCAUCUCACUGUGGCCUAUGGCCAGGAAGUGGUCACUGACGAGGAGUCGAGGAGUAUCCCCGAGGAAGAUACCUUGGCGUAUAACAAGAAGGAUAAGAGUCAGGGAUACUCGACUUUUUGA